CUUUGCUCGACCUCUAUUUGGAGACGCGAGUCACCUUUUUCGGUUUCCUCCACCUUCCUCUCCGCCUUCGCUGGAUGUGAACUCGCGGAGACGAGACGCGCAUUUAAAUCCCGUAGUUGACGAGGACAUUUAAAUGAACUUUAUCAUCUCGCAGUGAAGGCUCCGCUCAGCCCGCGUUAAAGGUCCGCACGUGCUCACCGGGUUUUGAAGAGCCGUGUCUCCAUCUGUUAGGAAGUAUAGAAGAGAGGAGCCCGGAGGAGCGUUUUCUUUACCCGCAAACCCUGCACCUUUUCGGCCGCCGGGACUGCGGCUGUGUGCAGCUUCUCUUCCUUAUUGUCACCUCUGUGCCUUAAAACAUUGCGCAGGUUAACUCAUUGCACGCGGACAGUAGAUGGAUCUUCUCGGGCUCCACCCCGCCUAACAUGGAUGCCCAGCCACCUCCACCUCCACCACCACCUCCGUCUUCGUCUGCUGAGUCGGAGGCGCAGUGAGCUGGACGCGCAGUGCUUUCUUUCGCUAAAUGGAGGCGGGGAAACCGUCGCCCAGCCCGCCGGUGGUGCCCAGCCGCCCCGCUUCACGCUAGAGACACAACUAUUGUGUGGAAUAUACGGAUUGAGGGAAGAACCAGCACCAUGAAGAUGACCCCCCUCCCGAGAAUUCGGAGUACCGUCCGGCUGCUGCUGCUGCUCUUGCACCUACUGGGGGAUUCUCAUGGGAUGCCACACGUCUUGAGAUUUGGAGGGAUAUUUGAGUCCAUUGAAAGCGGUCCAUCGGGUGCUGAGGAAUUAGCCUUUAAAUUUGCUUUAAACACAAUCAACAGGAACAGAACCCUACUGCCAAACACCACGCUCACCUACGACAUCCAAAGGAUAAACAUCUAUGACAGCUUUGAAGCCUCAAGGAAAGCCUGUGACCAGCUCUCUCUGGGUGUGGCGGCCAUCUUUGGUCCAUCACACAGCUCCUCGGCCAAUGCUGUCCAAUCCAUUUGCAAUGCACUGGGGGUUCCACACAUCCAGACCAAAUGGAAGCACCAAGUAUCGGACAACAGAGACAUCUUCUACGUUAGCCUCUAUCCAGACUUCUCUUCCCUCAGCCGGGCCAUCUUGGACCUGGUCCACUUUUUCAAGUGGAAGACCGUGACUGUGGUAUAUGAUGACAGCACUGGUCUGAUUCGGUUGCAGGAACUUAUAAAGGCGCCGUCCCGCUACAACAUCCGGUUAAAGAUCCGACAGCUGCCUGCAGAGACAAAGGAUGCUAAGCCCCUUUUAAAAGAGAUGAAGAGAGGGAAGGAGUUCCACAUCAUCUUUGACUGUGGCCACGAAAUGGCUGCUGGGAUACUGAAGCAGGCUCUUGCCAUGGGGAUGAUGACAGAGUAUUAUCACUAUAUCUUCACCACACUGGAUCUGUUUGCACUGGACGUGGAGCCUUACCGAUACAGUGGUGUGAACAUGACAGGCUUCAGGAUACUCAACACAGAGAGCAGCCAAGUGGCCUCCAUUGUCGAGAAAUGGUCCAUGGAGCGACUGCAGGCUCCACCCAAACCUGACUCUGGUCUACUGGACGGCUUCAUGACCACGGACGCCGCGCUGAUGUACGAUGCCGUACACGUGGUGGCCGUGGCUGUGCAGCAGUCUCAGCAGAUCACUGUCAGCUCAUUACAGUGCAACCGACACAAGCCCUGGCGCUUCGGGAACCGCUUCAUGGCCCUCAUCAAAGAGGCCCACUGGGAUGGCCUGACCGGGAGAAUCACUUUUAACCGGACCAAUGGAUUGAGGACAGACUUCGAUCUUGAUGUUAUCAGCCUGAAGGAGGAGGGGCUUGAGAAGAUUGGUACCUGGGAUCCUCCAAGUGGCCUGAACAUGACGGACAACCAGAGAGGGAAAACGACUAAUGUCUCUGAUUCUUUGUCUAAUCGAUCCCUGGUCGUCUCCACCAUACUGGAGGAGCCAUAUGUAAUGUUCAAGAAGUCGGACAAGCCGCUGUAUGGGAACGACCGCUUCGAGGGCUACUGCAUAGACCUGCUGAAAGAGCUGGCCAACAUCCUGGGCUUCACUUAUGAGGUCCGCCUGGUAGAAGAUGGGAGAUACGGUGCCCAGGAUGAGAACACAGGCCAGUGGAAUGGCAUUGUCAAGGAGCUAAUGGACCAUAGAGCUGAUCUGGCAGUAGCUCCCCUUGCCAUCACAUACACCCGCGAGAAGAUUAUCGACUUCUCCAAGCCUUUCAUGACGCUGGGUAUAAGUAUACUGUACCGCAAGCCCAACGGGACCAACCCUGGGGUCUUCUCCUUCCUCAACCCCCUCUCGCCUGAUAUCUGGAUGUAUAUUCUGCUGGCUUACUUGGGUGUCAGUUGUGUGCUGUUUGUCAUAGCCAGGUUUAGUCCCUACGAGUGGUAUAACCCCCACCCUUGCAACCCUGACUCGGAUGUAGUGGAAAACAAUUUCACCCUGCUAAAUAGUUUCUGGUUUGGAGUUGGAGCUCUCAUGCAGCAAGGAUCUGAACUCAUGCCGAAAGCCCUCUCCACCAGAAUUGUAGGGGGAAUCUGGUGGUUUUUCACACUCAUCAUCAUCUCGUCCUACACGGCGAACCUGGCGGCUUUCCUCACUGUGGAGAGGAUGGAGUCGCCCAUAGACUCUGCUGACGACCUAGCCAAGCAGACGAAGAUAGAAUACGGGGUGGUAGAGGAUGGAGCCACCAUGACCUUUUUCAAGAAAACCAAGAUAUCCACGUAUGAUAAGAUGUGGGAGUUCAUGAGCAGUCGGAGGCACUCAGUCAUGGUGAAGGACAUCGACGAAGGCAUUCAGCGGGUGCUCACCUCUGACUACGCAUUCCUCAUGGAAUCCACCACCAUAGAGUUUGUCACCCAGCGCAACUGCAACCUCACCCAGAUUGGAGGCCUCAUUGACUCCAAAGCCUAUGGGGUCGGAACCCCGAUGGGCUCUCCGUACCGAGAUAAGAUCACCAUUGCCAUCCUACAGCUUCAGGAGGAAGGGAAGCUGCACAUGAUGAAGGAGAAGUGGUGGAGAGGAAAUGGCUGUCCGGAGGAGGACAGUAAGGAGGCCAGCGCCCUCGGGGUGCAAAAUAUCGGAGGGAUCUUCAUCAUCCUUGCUGCAGGACUGGUCCUCUCCGUGUUCGUGGCCGUUGGAGAGUUCCUCUACAAGUCCAAACAGAAUGCACAACUUGAAAAGGCCCAAUGGCGACAACGAGAUAAGAAACAGGUCCUUCUGCAAUGCCAUGGUGGACGAACUGCGGGUGUCCCUCAAGUGCCAGCGCCGGUUCAAACACAAGCCUCAGCCACCUGUCAUAGUAAAAACGGAGGAGGUCAUCAACAUGCACACCUUCAACGACCGCAGACUGCCAGGGAAAGAGACCAUGGCCUAACACGGGAAUCACAAUCACUUUAUCACCCUCUCUCCUGCAGAGAGGAAGCGUGCAGAGACACUGGGGAAAAGGGUGGGGGAAAAUGGUAAAGGGGGGAAGUGGGUUGUAAUGGUUGACAGUCGGGUUACUUCAAAAAAGGUAGCACAAAGGUGCUUGGGAGUAUAUUAACAAAUGUCAUUCUUGUUUCUGUAUAAUUAGCUCAGUUUAAGUGAUUCAACAAUAUUUCCUGUGGAAAUAACUUGAACCUGUGUGAAAUUUCGGAGAGUUAACUCAGUAUGUUCAUAUGUUCAACAUGUUCAUAUCAUGUUGGCAAGGCACCCAACAGCAGGAGCAAGAUUUUGAAAACCCAGAAGUCAAAGAGAGAGGAUUGGCAACAUAUUUAAGGUGUGAGACAGGAGGGCCAAAGAAACAUGAAGAAAUAAAAAUCAGACCCAUUAUUUUUGAAUGCUGGUUUGUCAGUUUAGCACUGAACAGCUAAAAACAGGAUGUUCAAGCAGCGUUAACAGCAUCUCAGAGAUUAUGAGUGAACAUAGAGAUACUUACUGGGGUACUGGGGAGAUAGGAAUAGCCUUUUUUCUAAAGCUGUGAAUAAAGUGACCGCAUAGGCUCUGAACCUUCUCGGAUCAAACCCCUGAAGACAGACGGGAGCUGAUGCUGUCAAAAUGUACUGAAAGGACAUUUAUGAUAUUGAUUGACAUCAAAAACAAAUAUACUGUAUAUCAUCCAUCAGGCAAUAAGUGAUAUAAUUUAUUUGUGUUUCAGAGUACUAUCACUUUUAGUCUCUAAUGUAGAAGGCGUAGGGAUGGGGGUGGGGGGGUUUCUGUGGUGUAGAAAGCAGAAAACAGAGCAGGGCAAUAUAGUGAGCUGUUGCUCUAUCAGCCUAAGAGUUAUGACUCUUAAUGUUAAUAAGGAGGAACUUGGAAUGCCGUGGGCACAACUCACUUAGUCUAAAUUUAUAGUAAUCACACCACAACACGUAAACUAUUUAUUCAAAAUGUUAUUUUAUUUAUUAAACUAUUUAUUAUAAUGGACGGCCUGGAUUUUUACUUCUGCCGUCAAUACACCUCACUUUAAAUCUGUAUCGGUAUACACAUGGUUUCGUUUUUUGUGUCUAGUUUCAUUUUGUACUCUGUGGCUUUUCUUUUCUUCAUUGGAAGCAAACCUCAACAUUUACUUGUGCAAAAUGCAAUUUCUAUGAAAAAGUGUUUUUGUACGAAGAGAAUCAAUACUUUGUAAUAAUUUGUAUCAACACGAAAUGCACCAUGACGACUGUCAACCACAGUAGAGAGGUGGUACUCCAGGCCCGUAGUUCUGGAGGCUUUCUGACACCAGAAAGAUCCAACACACAUACACACACACACAUACACACACUCACAUAUGUACACACAAUAUUGCACAGUGCACCCAUCCUCUGUGGAUCAGAUUCAGACUAUUUAGUACUGUUAUGGUACAAUGAAUAGAACAUAGAACUCUGGUAAACAUCAGUGACGUAAAUAAGAGAGAGGAAGGGAACUAGAAAGUAUUUUUUAUCAUGUAAAGGAAUCAUAUUUAAAGAAAGAUAUUUUACUUGACAUGAAAGAAUAAUAAUUAUACUGGUUAGAGCAGAUCCGUAAUGUACACACACAGGAAGAGAGGAAGACUGCUGAUGAUGCUUAUCAUUCUACCCCGAUUACUGAUUGACUGCUAGAGUCCAGUGCUGAGCAAUUGUGUGUUAACGGUUUCAAAAUGGGAAAAGAUGUAUUUAAAAAAAUAUAUGCUUAACUAAUUUUAAACUUGUUGUGAAACAAAAUGGAGUGCACAGUUUACCCUUCAAAGUUGAUGCACAAGUUUAAGGAUAAUAAAAAGGCGUUCGCAACUUUUA